CCAAGAAAUUCGAUUCGACAUUCGUAAGACUUGGCAUCGAAUGAAUCUAUCGAUUCGAUUCCCGUUCGUAAGAUGUCCAACCCUGACCAGAAAGGCGAACUAUGGGUCAAGUCGCCAUCUCUCGUGUUGGGGUACUUGGGUAAUGAUGCGGCCGAUAAGGAGACGUUUGUCACGGAUGGAAAUGGUGACAGAUGGCUGCGCACCGGAGAUGAGGCCAUGAUCAAGAAAGCACCCAGUGGCCAUGAUCAUCUUUUCAUCGUUGAUCGGAUCAAGGAACUUAUCAAAGUAAAGGGGUUUCAAGUCGCCCCAGCUGAACUAGAAGCCCACCUCCUUCUUAAUCCGCACGUCACGGAUUGCGCCGUCAUCCCUGUACCUGACGAUGGUGCUGGCGAAGUUCCAAAGGCGUAUGUUGUGAAAUCGCACGCCUUGGGUCUCCACAAGAGUAAUGCCGCAAUCAAGGAAGAGAUUAUAAAGCACGUCCAACAGCAUAAAAGCCGUUACAAGUGGCUGGAGGGCGGAGUGGAAUUUGUGGAAGCGAUACCGAAAACCGCGAGCGGCAAGGUCCUGAGACGAUUACUGAGGGACAAGGAGAAACAAGAACGAAUGAAGAAAGGUGCAAGGUUGUAGGCUGUUCUCACUGAUUAGUGUAACGCUCUGAGCCCGCAGUGUUUCACGUAGAGGUCUGAUAUACGAUUGACCAGCCUCGGCGGGCCAUCGCAGUCAUGUCUCGCUCCUUUUGGAAAAUUGCCCGAUUUGAUAAUAUGAAAGAUUUAUAGAGAGGUUUCUUCAGAAACUAGUAGGCAGAAAAGUUAAGCUCGACAA